CAUGGAGGGAGGAGCAGUGAAAGUGAAAGUGAGUCCGUCGCCAACUUGUCGUCUUUCUCCGCGGAGUUCGGAGCCUUUUGUAUCCUUUCAGAGACAGCCCGGAGAGCCGUCCCCGUGUUUGUGUCCACGCAGCUCUCCGCAGCUUCAGCACCGAGGGGGACCCUCUUUAGACUUUAGAGACAGUCCACAGCGAGUCUGUGACAGAAACGUUGGCAGCAGACCGUUAGCUGAGCCUCCAUUUUCCUUCAGAGAGCAGGAGGAGGAAAGAGGAGCUGAGGCAGGUUUUUACAGCUCAAAGAUGUCUGAACUGGACCAGCCAGAUCCAUCAGCUCCAUCAGAUCCAUCAGAUCCAUCAGAUCCAUCAGAUCCAUCAGCUGCAUCAGCUCCAUCAGCUCCAUCAGCAGAGGACGAGCUCGGCAGGGUACGGAGGAACUUUGUUCAGAGGGUUUCAAAGGAAAUCCUCACGCAGCUCCUCGAUGCUCUGCUAACCGACCGUGUCCUGAAUAAUCCAGAGAAAGCAUCGAUAGAGGAGAGGACCACAGUCACAGCAGAUAAGGCUCGGGAUUUGAUUGACACGGUGAGGAAAAAGGGAGAUAAAGCCUGCAGGAUAAUGAUCCGACACCUUCGGACCAUCGAUCCCGCUCUCUCCUCUGAGCUGUUUGAUCCAUCUGCUCAGCCAGAGACGUCUCAGAGUCCUCAGCACAAACUCAAGUCAAACCUGAAGAGGAGGUUCCAGUGUGUGUUUGAGGGCAUCGCUAAAGCAGGAAACCCCACCCUCCUGAAUGAGAUCUACACAGAGCUCUACAUCACAGAGGGAGGGGCUGCAGAGGUCAAUGAUGAACAUGAGGUCAGACAGAUUGAAACAGCAUCCAGGAAACCACAGAGACCAGAAACUACAAUCAGAUCAGGAGACAUCUUUACACUCCCACCUGGAAGAAAAGCACCAAUCAGAACGGUGCUGACACUGGGAGUGGCUGGCAUUGGGAAAACUGUCCUAACACAGAAGUUCACUCUGGACUGGGCUGAAGGAGAAACCAACCAGGACAUCCAGUUCAUGUUUCCAUUGACUUUCAGAGAGCUGAAUGUGCUGAAAGAGGAAAAGUUCAGCUUGGUGGAACUUGUUCAUCACUUCUUUCCUGAAACCAAAGAAGCAGGAAUCUGCAGCUUUGGAGACUUCCAGGUUGUGUUCAUCUUUGAUGGUCUGGAUGAGAGUCGACUUCCUCUGGACUUCCACAAAACUACAAUCCUGACAGACCCUAGAAAGUCCACCUCAGUGGAUGUGCUGCUGACAAACCUCAUCAGGAGGAAACUGCUUCCCUCUGCUCGCCUCUGGAUAACCACACGACCUGCAGCAGCCAAUCAGAUCCCUCCUGAGUGUGUCGACAUGGUGACAGAGGUCAGAGGGUUCACUGACCCUCAGAAGGAGGAGUACUUCAGGAAGAGAUUCAGAGAUGAGGAGCAGGCCAGCAGGAUCAUCUCCCACAUCAAGACAUCACGAAGCCUCCACAUCAUGUGCCACAUCCCAGUCUUCUGCUGGAUCACUGCUACAGUUCUGGAGUUCAUCAUGAAAAACAGAGAGGAUGGAGAGCUGCCCAAGAGCCUCACAGAGCUGUACAUACGCCUUCUGCUGUUUCACCUAAAAACAAAGACCAUCAAGAGUGAUGAAGAAAGAUCCAGAGAUCCACUCUGCAGUCCAGAAAACAGGAAGAUGAUUGAGUCUCUGGGAAAACUGGCUUUUGAUCAGUUGCAGAAAGGAAACCUGAUCUUCUAUGAAUCAGACCUGACAGAGUGUGGCAUCGAUAUGAGAGCAGCCUCAGUGUACUCAGGAGUGUUCACACAGAUCUUUAAAGCAGAUGAGUGUGAAAUGUUCUCAGAAACAGUCUACAGCUUUGUUCAUCUGAGCAUUCAGGAGUUUCUGGCUGCAGUCUACAUGUUCCACUGUUUCACCAGCAGGAGGACGGAGGUGCUGGAGGACUUCCUGGGAGAAAAAUACAAAGAGUCAUCUCUGAAGGACUUCCUGGGAAAAGACUGGGAACAUAAGACCAAGAAUGUCUUGGGGAAAGACGUUGAGGAUUAUAUUUAUUAUUCUUCAUCUGAUGUUGAUGGUGAUGAUGAUGAUGAUGAUGAUGACAGCUCAUCAGAGUGUGUGUUUCUGAAGAGAGUCAUGCAGAAAUCCCUCCAGAGUAAAAAUGGCCACCUGGACCUGUUUGUUCGCUUCCUUCAUGGCCUCUCUCUGGAGUCCAACCAGAGACUCUUAGGAGGUCUGCUGGUUCAGACAGAGAACAGUCCAGAAACCAUCCAGAGAGUCAUCAAGAACCUGAAGAAGAUGAACAGUGAUGAAAUCUCUCCUGACAGAAGCAUCAACAUCUUCCACUGUCUGAUGGAGAUGAACGACCUCUCAGUACAUCAGGAGAUCCAAGAGUUCCUGAAAUCAGAGGAAAAAUCAGGGAAAAGACUCUCUGAGAUCCACUGCUCAGCUCUGGCCUACAUGCUGCAGAUGUCAGAGGAGGUUCUGGAUGAGUUGGACCUGGAGAAGUAUAACACAUCAUUGGAGGGACAACAGAGACUGAUUCCAGCUGUGAGGAACUGCAGAAAGGCUCGACUGUGGAGCUGUGGACUCACGGAGACUCACUGUGAAGUUGUGGCCUCAGCUCUGAAGUCCAACCCCUCCCAUCUGACACAGCUGGACAUGAGUGACAACAACCUGCAGGAUUCAGCAGUGAAGCUUCUGUGUGCUGGACUGGAGAGUCCAAACUGUCGACUGGAGACUCUGAGAUUGGAGCGCUGUGGUUUGUCAGAGAUCAGCUGUGAUUAUCUGGCAGCAGCUCUGAAGUCCAACCCCUCCCAUCUGAGAGAGCUGGACCUGAGCAUCAACGAGCUGCAGGAUUCAAGAGUGAAGCAUCUGUGUGGUUUUCUGGAGAGUCCACGAUGUCUUCUUGAAACUCUGGGAUUGGAGCUCUGUGGUUUGUCAGAGAUCAGCUGUGAUUAUCUGGCAGCAGCUCUGAAGUCCAACCCCUCCCAUCUGAGACAGCUGGACCUGAGCUACAACGAGCUGCAGGAUUCAAGAGUGAAGCAUCUGUGUGGUUUUCUGGAGAGUCCACGAUGUGUUCUUGAAACUCUGAGAUUGGAGUGCUGUGGUUUGUCAGAGGUCAGCUGUGAUUAUCUGGCAGCAGCUCUGAAGUCCAACCCCUCCCAUCUGAGAGAGCUGGACCUGAGCUCUAACAAGCUGCAGGAUUCAGGAGUGAAGCAUCUGUGUGGUUUUCUGGAGAGUCCACGAUGUGUUCUUGAAACUCUGAGAUUGAGGGACUGUGGUUUGUCAGAGAUCAGCUGUGAUUAUCUGGCAGCAGCUCUGAAGUCCAACCCCUCCCAUCUGAGAGAGCUGGACCUGAGUAACGACUACAGGUCCUCAACCUCCAACAACUACCUGCAGGAUUCAGGAGUGAAGCAUCUGUGUGGUUUUCUGGAGAGUCCACGAUGUGUUCUUGAAACUCUGAGAUUGUGGGAGUGUGGUUUGUCAGAGAUCAGCUGUGAUUAUCUGGCAGCAGCUCUGAAGUCCAACCCCUCCCAUCUGAGAGAGCUGGACCUGAGGAGAAACAACCUGCAGCAUCCAGAUGUGAAGCAGCUGUCUGAUCUUGACGAGAGUCCACACUGCAGACUGGAGACACUGCAGUGGAGGUAAACAGGACGGUGUGUGUGCUGAGAGAGGAGGAGCUGUGUCCUGAUGAUCCAGAGAGGUUGAAGCAGCAGCAGCUUGUGUGCAGAGACGCUCUGACUGGGCCAUGUUACUGGGAGGUGGAGUGGAGAGGAGAGCUUCAUCCAGCAGUGACUGACAGAGGAAUGAGAAGAAGUGCAGAUGACUGUCAGUGCUGCAGAGUGAACUGCUCUGAGAACAGCUCCACUGUCAGACACAAUGUAGAGUCCACCAUCAUCCCUGUGUGUCCCUGUGGAUCUGCCAGAGGAUCAUCAGUGGAUCUGGAUGCUCUGCUGCUGCUCUGUCCUUCUACACAGUCUCUGCAGAGUCUCUGUCUGACACUGGCUUCAGCUUUUCAGGCUUCAUUCUGGAUCACAGUCAGGAGAACAUCACCUGGAAAGGCCUCCAACAACAUCUCCAUCAUAGACACAAUGUUUUUAGGACUUACACAUCAGGUUUUGGUGCUUGGAGAUCAAAUAUGUGCCCAUCUAUAAGUUUCAGUGUUUUCCUUAAAGUAGUUUUUCAUAUAUUAGCAGAACAUUAAUAUUGAUACCAACCAUCUGUCUCACCUGCUUCAUUUAUAUCGUCCAUCAGGUCAGAAUUGUUCAGCACAUGAAAAAAGUGUGAAAAUCUGCACACUGGUAGAUUUUUUUCUGCUUUUUCACAUAAUAACAGGAAACAUGUGAUCUGAACCCUGCUGGGGGGGGGCUGCUGUAUGUCUGCAAUCAUUUUAAAUAAAGACAUCUAGUGGUUCAGUGGGAGAACUGCAGCAGGUGGAGGUGUGUUUGUGGUUGGAGAUGAUCCUUGAAUCAUGUGACCUCAGUGGGCGGAGCCUACACUGCUUAAUGUUUCAUAUGGAUACUAAUGAUCAAUAAAUGUGCUGAUUGAAUCAAAG